CGAGACCGGUCCCGCAGCAGCUGUGCGCCGUGGCCGAUGGACAUGGGCACGCAGGGAUCGGGGCGCAAGCGGCUCCCCAACCGGGAGCGGCUGACGGCGGAGGACGACGCGCUGAACCAAAUCGCGCGCGAGGCGGAGGCCAGGCUUGCAGCAAAGCGUGCAGCCCGUGCUGAGGCUCGAGAGAUCCGGAUGAAGGAGCUGGAACGGCAGCAGAAAGAGAUCUAUCAAGUCCAAAAGAAAUAUUAUGGGCUGGAUACAAAAUGGGGCGACAUCGAGCAGUGGAUGGAAGACAGCGAACGCUACUCACGUAGAUUCCGGAGAAACACCUCGGCACAGCCCGAGCUGGAGUAUGGGAGUCCCUACGCCUGGACUAACGGUUAUGACGGAGACUAUUGUGGAUCCCAGUCCCUAAGUAGACGAUCUGGCAGGAAUUCCAGCUACAGCAGCGGUGAUGGCCGUGUCUCCACUUUGUCAUCUUCCAGGGAAGAGAAGUUGGCAUCCAUGUUGGAUGAGAGCAGCAUCUAUGGGGCUCGGAGGGGAAGCGCAUGUGGUUCGAGAGCACCCUCAGAAUACAGCAGCCACCUCAACUCCAGCUCCCGGGCCUCUUCCAGAGCCAGCUCUGCAAGGGCCAGCCCUGUGGUAGAAGAAAGACCAGACAAAGACUUCGCUGAGAAGGGCUCCCGUAACAUGCCCAGCCUGUCUGCAGCCACGCUGGCAUCUCUGGGUGGGACUUCCUCCCGGAGAGGGAGUGGAGAUACCUCCAUCUCCAUGGACACUGAGGCAUCCAUCAGGGAAAUCAAGGAACUUAAUGAGUUAAAGGACCAGAUUCAGGAUGUAGAAGGCAAAUACAUGCAGGGACUGAAAGAGAUGAAGGACUCGCUGGCCGAAGUUGAGGAGAAGUACAAGAAGGCUAUGGUCUCCAACGCCCAGCUCGACAAUGAGAAGACCAACUUCAUGUACCAGGUGGACACACUAAAGGACAUGCUGCUGGAACUGGAAGAGCAGCUGGCCGAGUCUCAGCGGCAAUACGAGGAGAAGAACAAGGAGUUCGAGAGGGAGAAGCAUGCCCACAGCAUCCUGCAGUUCCAGUUUGCAGAAGUGAAAGAGGCCCUGAGGCAAAGGGAAGAAAUGCUGGAGGAAAUCCGACAGCUGCAGCAGAAACAGGCGGGUUUUAUCAGGGAGAUUUCUGAUCUUCAGGAAACAAUAGAGUGGAAAGACAAAAAGAUAGGGGCAUUAGAAAGACAGAAAGAGUUCUUUGAUUCUAUAAGGAGCGAACGAGAUGACCUUAGAGAAGAAACAGUCAAACUGAAGGAGGAGUUGAAGAAACAUGGAAUAAUCCUAAAUUCAGAAAUAGCCACCAACGGAGAGACUUCAGACACAGUAAAUGACAUUGGAUAUCAAGCCCCCACAAAGAUAACAAAAGAAGAGCUGAAUGCCCUCAAGUCGGCUGGGGAGGGGGCACUAGGAAAAGCCAAAGAAGUGGAGGUGAAAAAGGAAAUUGUGGAGAAAGUGGGGCAAAGAGAAACCUUACAGAAUUCUGAGCAAGAACAGCCCAAACCCAACACAGGAAAGGAUUGUGUGGACAGAGGGGUGUCACAUCCUGGUGAGAAGGCUGAGGACCAGAGACCUGCUGAAGACAGUGCCCUGUCCCUGGGACCACUAGCAGGGGCCAAAUGUGAGCAACAGGUUCAGAGCCAAGAUCAAGAGAACACUUCUGUCCUCAAAGACCCAGAGCAGAUCGAGUCACACAAGGUCACAAACGAGUCAGAUGGCAGGGCCAGCAACUCCCCUGAGCAGUCCAGCUGCCUGGGGUGUGUAGACAGUGAAGUGUCGGGGCCCACUGAGGAGCUGAAAACAGAUUUGGGAAAAGGUAGCUAUGAACCAUGUCCAGACUACGUUUUGGGGCAAACACCUGAAACUGACGAGGUGAGCUGUACAGACUCAGGGGGCACGGGUGGAAACCACACAGAGGAUGCAGUACAGGCAGGGGGUGCUGCAGUUGAGGACCAAGUAGGGGCAAUGGCCUCUGGACCUGUGGAGCAAAGCAAAGGCACAGAGAAUUACGAUGAAAGAUGUCUGAAGGACGGGCUGGGGCAGAGCUCAGAGAGAGAACCCGCCCAAAAAGUAGCUGAGCCUGAGGAAGCCCUCAUUCAGAGUCCACAGGCAGGUGGAGAAAACACUGUUGCCGAGGCCGAAGAUGCAGAAGUAAGGGAUGAGAAUCCCAUCCAGGCAGAAGUCCAGGCAACCCCUGGAGCUCCCAUAGUUCAGAGCGGCCAUCAGGACACAACAGGACCAGGUAGCACAGAUGCCAAGCGCACACCACUUCACGCAAAAGAGCGCAACCAACAAGCAAAGAGUGGGCAGCAGGCAGAGGCCUUGGAUUCGCCCCAGAAGAAGACAAAGAACAAGAAGAAGAAGAACAAGAAGAAGAAAACUGCAGCUCCCGUGGAAACCUGCAGAGAUGAUAAUGAAGAGUUAAACUGUCAGGACCCGGAUGUGGGUGACGUGGAGGAGGAAGAGCGGGUCCAGGUCACCAACAGGAAGCAGGUGGCAGAAAACCCAGAACAGAAAAUCAAAGCAGGACGCAGAGAACCUGUCGAAGAUCCUCAAAGUGGGUGGAGUGGAAAACAGAAGGAUGGGGAAGGCCCCAUAGACAUCUUGGAUCAGAACAGUCCCCAGUGUGAAGAUGGGGACAUCUCCCCAGUGGGAAAGGAAGGUUCCCAAAGGGAUGCCUCUCAUAUCGGUAGUGAAGAGGGACAUGUGCCCUCCCAACAUCCUGGCCAAACAGUUGAGAAUGCUAUAGAUGGCCACAGCCUAGACAACAGUGACCUGUCAGGGCAGCUGGGGGGCUUCAAUUCAGAAAGUGGAGAGCAGGCAAGAGAGGAGGCAGGGAACAGCAAGAAUAAGGAAGAUUGCACCAUGUCAUGAGGAGGCAGAGGCGGGAGGCAGGGCGUGAGAGUGAGUUUCAGAGCUGGUUCAGGACUUAGCACAGUAAGCUCCGUUCCUCAGCCAUCAACUAUAAUCAGAAAUUCCAUCCUUCCACUCCACAGCCGAGGUUCAUGAAUGUCCCGGUUUCUACAUGUGUCAAUCACCAAGUAUCAACUACCUUAAGUUAUAGACUGUUACCUGUAGAUUUGUGUUUAACCAUUGAUCACCUAGCCAGUACUGUUUUUACUUUCAGUUCUAGCUGAGAACAUUCCGUUAGCAUCAGGGGACACCAGGUGUGCAUUCUAGCCUGAAGGUCAGAAUGUACCGUUUGCUUCAGGCUAGGAUGAAUGUGGGUAUUCUUGACCAAAUGUAUCAAUAUCUGGUUGAAAUGACCAAAAGGCGUUCAUAGAGUUCUGCAUUAUAAGCAGCAAAUAUUCAAAUAUGUAUUAUUCAAAUAGAUUUAUUUUAUUAUUUGAUCUUAAUCUGUACACCGUAGCCUGUUUGGUAUUAUAUUUAAAGGAGUAGAUGGAUAAGUAGCGUGUAGGUCAGUGGGUGAGAGGACCUACACCUGGGGUGGAGAUUAAUUACUGUAGAGAUUCAGAUAUGUGUCAGAAAAUACAAGGAGACCAUGUGCCUUUACCUCACAGAAAUACUUUAUUUUGCACCAAUGCUCUUGGAUCUUGUUGCCAAUGGUACCCAAAUUAAUUUUUAUCAGAGAUCUUUAUUUUCACUUUAUGCAAGUGAUGUAAUAAAUUCGUUUUAUUUUGAAUAUUUUAUUUUUACUCUUCUCUGCUAAUGACAUGUUGAAAUUAUAUUUCCUACUUUAGUAUUGAGAACAAGUUGUUGUUACUUUUUUUUAUUUUAAAGUUAUCUUUCUUCCUGAAUGUCGACUUAAAAAUUUUAAAAGGCUGUUCUUAUGCAAAAGGACCCAUUAGAUUAUAAUCCACUAUUUUGUGUUUGAUAUAAAUAUUUUUAUUUGUUGUUUCUCGAUAUUUUCUUAUUGGAAAGUUAUUGUUUUAUCUGCCUGAAGGAAGUAUGUAUUUUCUAUAUAAAGAAGCAUUUAGACAAUGACUAUAGAGUUGAAUUUAAAAGUAUUAGUAAAUAUACAAUCACAAAAGGAUACACUGUACAACUGCUGUUGACCUGUUAUGGAAUCACAUGAAUUCAUACUACUGUUACAAGAUAGAGUGGAAUGCAAAAUGACCAAAAACCUCAGGAAAAUUUGAGGCAGAUUGAAGAGUCAUAUAAUUGAAAUAAAAGAAUUUUAUAAUUUUACAA